CCCACCAUUUCCUGUAUCGUCUGGGGUUAAGCUUUUCGAUCUCACAAGAGUUCAUUGACAAAGGUCAGAGCCAUGGCUUCGUCAUGGGCAGUGAUGGCGGCUCGUCAAGCCUCAACCCUAACUCGGCUCUCCUCUUCGAAGUCAGCAUCAACUCAAGCCGCUUCCCUAAUUCACCGCCGUGGCCUUGCUGGCUCUGCAGAUCACCAUGGACCUGCAAGGGUUAGCUUUUGGAAAGACCCGAUGAGUCCAUCUAAAUGGAAGGAAGAGCAUUUUGUGAUUAUCUCUUUAUCUGGCUGGGGUGUGAUUUUCUAUUCGGGGUACAAGUUCUUCACCGGAGGCAAGAAAAACAAUGAAGAGAAAUUGGCGGAAGCAUCACACUAGGAUGUGGGGUUUUAGUGUCAUCAUCCACAAGGCUUCUUAAUAAUGUCUGUGAUUGGACUUCACAUCUGCUGGGAUCGCGUCUUCUUUGAUUGGAGAUAGUCGAGUUUGUCAGUGUCAAUAAAUUUUGGAGAAUGACGAGUGAUGGAUUUUCAGAUUUUAGGUACAUUGUAUGAUUUGUGAAACAAUCCGCUCUUUUCUUUUGCUUGUUUUUUGGGGGCAAAUUUGAUCAUCUGAGGUGUACCUUCGAUGUUCAAAUGGUAAGCUGCUCUUAAGAUUACCGUAAUAUCUCAACUCUGUUCAUCAUGUACUCUGGAAGCCAAUUAAUUGUGAUUUUCUGGAGAAUUGGCAUAA